ACUCAACGACUGCCCCAUCGCUGCAUCCCACAGCUUGACAAUUUAUCGUCUGGAAGACACAAUACGAGUGCCAUUCGGCCAGAAAGAGACCCAAGUUUCCAUUGACAUUAGCUUGCGUACUCAGUAAUCAGCGCCCACAUCCGAUCAAGACUAAUCGCCCACCCCACCUGCAUAUUGUGAAGAGAAUGGACCAAGAAUCGAAAUCCAAAGUAGAAUUUCUUUCUCUUGCUGAAGAACUGCGAUUAUACAUCCUAAGCUUUCUUCCUUGCCGAGAUAUUCUUCGUUGUACAUCUGCAUGCAAGGCUCUUCGUCAGAUGUACAUGUCCUCAUCCGAGCUCCAGUAUACCGUUGAACUCAGUGGUCAACGAUUGCUCCCCGUCCCCAACCCGGACGAUCACACACCUAUUUCCGAGCGCCUACAACUGUUAAGGGACAAAGCCCACGCAUGGUUCGAUGUCGACUUCCAUUCUUUCGAAACAGUCUCUCUAUGGAAGGAAAUUAGAAACCCGCACAUAAUCGAUGGCCAUAUCUACACGUGGGACAUACAUGGAGACGUAGCCACUUUCAUUCCAAUAUUACCAAAACCCUCGCAACAAAUCAUCCAACGUGACCAGUGGCAACGAACAUUGAGUUCCAUAACUUCAACUUCCCACUCACUCAAUCUCAAUGUGUUCAUGGACCUAGCACAAAACCUGAUUGCUGUCCUGCACGUGAUUGACCGGGCACUCUACAUUGGCCUUGGAGCCCUGGAUGGUGAUGGCGUUCACCCCCUAGCUGCUGGACAAAGACUGUCUUGCUCGGUGCUCCCUGGAUCCGACUACUCUCCCAUUCGUUUACUAUUUGCAACGAUGAAGUGUUUCGGGAGGCAUAUCGCUUUGCGAUGGGUAUCUCGUUUGAAAGGCAAGUGGCUGCAGAUUUGGGACUGGCAAGGUUCAACGACGUCCAAUUGCCUCCUCAACGACAACAGCAGGACACACCCAAACGAAUUUUGUUUCCUCGGAAACAAUAGGUUGCUCGUCAUCUACCACGAGUCGGAUUUGAAUCUCUAUUCGAUCGAGGAUACGUCCCAAGCCCCACAAUUGCUAGCGUGUUUUUCGAUGCCCAUCUCAUUGAAGCACACACGCCUCUGUGCAGUGGAUUAUAAUGGGCACAUGUCACAGCCAAAGAUACAAAUCCAACAAACGACAUACAUCUCAGACCCUAAACACUGGCUAGUAUCCAUGGCCGUACGCGACGGGAGAGAUGGUCCCGUCUUCAUUAUUUCCACGAGGGUUUUCCACGAUUUUGCCAAAAUGGCAGGAGUAGCCGACUUGGAGCCAAUACCGUGGGCACGCUGGGGCCCUUCAAAUACUCGUAUUUUCAGUCGCAACGCUCGGCUUUGUGGGAAUCGAGUUUUUCAAGCGGUCCCGAUCGGUACGCCGGACUUGAGUCUCAAGGGGUAUAGAUUGCAUAUGAUGGAUUUCAGCCCGCUAGCUGUGACGAACAGGCGGGGUCUAGGACGAGUGGUGACAAAGCCAUCUACGACAGACAUCAUUGACUGGUCUCGCAGCGAGGCCGAGGAGAGCUUGACGACGUCCUUGCCUUACGUCGAGGUUCAAUCGUACAGGGUGUUUAAUUGUUACCAGUUACGUGACGUGUGGGUCCACAAGGAUAGAAUUUAUUUGGACCAAUUUAUUUGGACCAAUUUAUUUGGACCAAUUUAUUUGGACCAAUUUAUUUGGACCAAUUUAUUUGGACCAAUUUAUUUGGACCAAUUUUUUCAGAACUCCGAGUUACAACGUUAUUCUACCCUCGAGGUCAUCGAUGUUUAAAGCGGUAUAUGUAUCAGCCAUCUAUCCAUCACAAUACAAAAACUUCUUCUUUAUUAGCAUACAGCUCAACAACCUCGCGCCCCACCCACCUACUCCCACUCAAAAAGAAAAAAAAAUCUACGCGAACAAAGGGAAAAGGACAAGGGGCAGGGGGCAGGUAAGCACUAAGUAAGUAAUGUUCA